CGAUUUGCAUCUAUUGGCAGUCAGCGCACCCAACGCGGCAUCAGGGCUCACGCCCUCCUGCACGCGCAUCACACAAUUACUCGCUCUUGGUGUGCCAACACAACCUGCAGGCGCUGCCCCUCUCUGCGUAGAGAACAGGAAAAUGCCCCACGUCCGUGUCAGAUGCUGGCCGGCUGCUCCUAAAAGCACGAGGAUCCCCCCCUCAACCUUCUUCUUUAGAAUAUUCUCCUUACCAUCGACCUACUCUCCCCCAAGUAUAUCAAGCAUUCCUAGCCUUCCUACUCUAUUAGGUAUUGCUUGUUCGUCAUCCCCAAGAUCCUGUCUUGCAACACAAAACUCAUCUUGCCCUGCACUACACACAACAUCCUCAACCCAUCACCAGGUUAUCCCAGCCCGUCAGCACCACUCGUCAGGCCUUUUCUGCUUCUUGCUUCUGCUGCUCUGUGCUUUGUUCUCUCUUCUGCUGUUGCUCUUCGACCCUGGCUUCAGUCACCCCAGAGCUUAUUCUACCACUGGAAUCCCAAUAUUCCGGACAGGAUCUGCAUUACUGGUCUCUAGUCGGGUCUUACAGCCACACUUCACAACAGGUAGUUCCCUUUUUUCGAUAUCUUGCUUUGCUUUGAUAUUUUUACCCCUGUCGUUUCCCCCUCAUACGAGCCUCGCACCGCCAAGUGUUUCUGGACCUGUACCGUCUUCUGUACUUCGACAACAAUCGCUGGACCCUACCACGCCCUCAAGGAUUCUCUGGAAUGUCUACUCCGUGGACACUGCCGUUUAUACUGGAUCACUCCGUGUCUAUCCUUGAUAGAUACGUGUUCUGAGAAUGAACUACUCCCUUCUGGAAUUUGAGUUCAUCUCGUUCAUGGCAACUGCUGUGUGACGGAUGACUUGAGUGUUGUUUUAUGUUGACACACUCCGAUACUAUGGCCCUC